GAAUGGCAGUUUGUACGUACAGAUAUCCAUUCCAGCUGAGCAUAGAGAGAGCCUCUGCUCCGGCGCUGGCUGCAGCUGUGAUUAAUUCAUAUAACGUAAGAAUCUACAUCUCUCACUUAGCAUCUGACUACUCGCUUUUUGCAGGUUAAACAUACAGGAUGGACAAAUUGAUUUCAACACGGAGCCACCAUCGCACCCAGAAUAUGAGCAUCAAAUUGGCAGUGCAGGCCCUUUUCUUCCUGACCUCAUUCUGUAUUCGUACGACCUCUGGGCUGAUGACCCCUGAUAUGAUUGGAAGGAUGGCUACUGCUGGGCGGCCUCCUCUAAGACCUCAGGUCCAGGCCGGUCAAGUCUCUUCAAAAUGUGAAGCUGAUCUGGCUGAACUGGUAGCAACAGAGACGGGUCAACUUGUAUCAGUUCUGGAUGCCAUUGGUAAACCUCAGCCUGGAUUUUGCAUGGUAAUCUAGCCUGGCUGGGACAUUUUGAUGAAUGCAAGAGUGUUACUGGUUUCAACUACUGCCUAACAUACCUACAGCUGCAGCUGCCUGCCAAUUCUAGCAAUGCUCCCAACGCAUAUGGUGCUUCGCCGGGGGCUUUGCCUUUAAAGCUAAUGUGGGGACUGUGUGUACCAGAAUCAUGCUCAGACUCUGAUAUACUCUUCUCUCUGCAAGACCUGUUAGAAUUAGUCGAAGCUCCUUUCAAUUUAUCGGCUGUGAAUGCGUCGUCAGUAGUCUGUGCCCAAGACCCUCCUGUUCCAUAUAACAGUACGGGAUUCAUUGUCACUCUGUUCUUUCUUGGGUUAAUUGCCUGCCUGAUGGUGUUGGGUGCCUUCCUUGACAAGACACUGCGUUCUAUUGACUACAAGCCACCUGCCACCGCCCCCACCCCUGGGGUUCCUAUCAAUGGACCCAUCAGAGUGGUGGAUGCGUACCCCUACCAAAGGGUGAGAGAUACCGGUAGAGAAGGACAGGUGGAAUCAGAGCACCAGGGGGAGGAGCGAGAGCUGGAGGAGGCGGUACCCACAGCAUGUACCAAAUUCUGGCAUCAGAUUGUGCUUUCCUUUGCCGUCAACCGCAACUUGGCCAAGCUGCUUGGGGCUAAGACACCAGAGGGCAGUAUAACAUGCCUGAACGGUAUUCGAGUCAUCAGUAUGACCUGGGUCAUCCUAGGUCACGUGUCAUCCUUUAUGAUUGGAAGUGGAAUUGUAGGUAACCCACUUCACAGCUAUGGAUUCAUCGCCCGUUUUGGCUUCCAAGCUGUCUCCAACGCUUUCUUCUCUGUUGACUCUUUCUUCUUUCUCAGUGGGUUGUUGGUGGCGUAUAUGGCUCUUGGAAGGAUGGUGAAGACCAACGGAAAGCUUCCAUGGCUCUGGUUCUAUUUCCAUAGAUAUUGGAGGCUCACGCCAGCACUGGGUAUGACAAUGCUGAUUGCUCUCUACCUCCAGCCCUACAUUGGAAGCGGUCCUAUAUGGCAGGUCGAGGCUUCUAACCCAUCUUGUGAGAAGUACUGGUGGGCCAAUAUUCUCUACAUCAAUAAUUUUGUUCCAGAUUCAGGACUAUGCAUUGGAUGGGUGUGGUACCUCGCUAACGACAUGCAGUUCUUUGUGAUAAGCCCUUUCUUAUUGAUUAUGCUUUACAGGGUCCCCAUCGUAGGGCUCGUGACCAUGGGAGUAAUGUGCCUUGCAAGCUUUAUUUCGACGGCUGUUCUGAUGGUCAAAUAUAACUUCUAUGCAGUCAUCAUGGAUGGUACAAACCCCCAUCAAGAUCCAAACCAUUCUUUCAUGGAAGAGAUCUAUGUCAAGCCCUACUGCCGCAUCGCUCCGUAUCUGGUUGGUAUGGCGAUGGGAUAUUUCUUCCAUCUCUACAAGAACAAGGCCUUCAAGAUGCAUCCAAUUGUGGCUAUGAUAGGGUGGGUCUUUGCAACCGCAGUUGGCAUGUCACUGGUGUAUGGAUUAUAUCCUUCUUUUCACGGUCAUCCCUUGAGUACUGCAGAGAAUGCUGCCUACAUGGCUCUGUGUCGAUUCACUUGGGCUGUCUCUCUCUCUUGGGUGGUCUUUGCAUGUCAUUAUGGAUAUGGAGGUUGGAUCAACGACUUCCUGAGUUGGGAGCUGUGGAUACCAAUGAGCCGUCUGACAUAUUCCGCCUAUCUUCUACAUCCUAUUAUAAUCAUGGUCUACGAUUUCAAUCAUGGGAACAACUACUUCUACUCGAUCUAUAUGCUGGCCUUCGAGGUAACAGCCAUCGUUACGCUAGCCUACGUCGCCGCAAUUCUGAUGGCUGUAGCCAUCGAAUUCCCUCUAGGAAACCUGGAAAAGUUGUUCAUGCCCUUGGCGGAAAAGAAAAGAAAAUGAUUCGGCUCCUUUAUAUAUACAGCCAUGUUUCCCAGGAGAUAUUGAGUAAAGCUGUGUUAGAAUUGCAUUUUCGAGAAAGAACAAAAAUAUGCAAGCUAUUCUUUAAAGUUGAUUAUAAUGUAAUUAUGAAAUAGAAAAUACAAUUGAGUACUUUAACAAGCAUUAUAUGAAAUUAAUAAAUCUAGCUGAACAUCAGAAACGCUGAAAAGUAACACACAUCGAUAUGCAUGCCAUAUAGGACAGCACAGAUGUGUAUUGGUUAAAGCUUAUCUGCCAUAGUUUACAGGAGGGAUUAGACCGCCCUACAAGGUCACUGGACAGGUGGUUAUCUCAUCAAUUCAGCUCUCAGUUAAC